AUGGCACGAAAAAUUUAUGAAGGAUAUUGUAACAAAGAAAAGGGUAGUGACCUUAAAGACGAUGGUAUAUUCCAAGAUUGUAGCGCUAUUGCUACAAGGUCCCUUGUGCAAAAGAAGGAGGAUCCUAGUGCCUUUACUAAUCAAUGUAUCAUUGGGUUGUUGCAUUUUUCUAAUGCGUUGUGUGAUAUUGGUGCUAGAAUAAAUCUGAUGUCAUUAUCUAUUUACAAGAAGUUGGGUCUAGGAGAUCCAAAAUUGAAUCUGAUGCGGUUGCUCAUAGCCGAUAUAACUGUGAAGAGAUCCAUCGGUUUUGUCUAUGAUGUACUUAGGGUUGUUCACGAUAGACUUCCUCACUCCAAAAACUUUUAUCCCAGACCUUCUUUUCCUGAUAUCCAGUUUGAAGAGAACAAUAUGCAUCCCCAGAGUGUUGCAGAUGCAAAACAAUUUCUUAAGGACGCUGAAGUAUCUCUUAAAGCAAAAGAGAUUGCUACUUCAGAUAGCGAAGAUGAAGAAAACAACUCUUCCGAUCAAUCAGCGCCUUCAUCACCUAAUUGUAUUGAAGAUGGUGCAAAUUGUAAUUGCAUUGUUGAAGGUCUAAUCCCAACCAAGUACCUCUAA